AUGUCGUCCCUCCAGCAUUUAAUUUUGCAGACGCUGGAUAAGAAGCAGCAAAUUGCCGACACGGCUGUGGAAUUCCCCGACGCCGAUACCGCGGCCGUUCAGGCCGCUGUGACGUCGUUGGCAGCCAAAAAUAUGGUGGAGUUCAAGACAAAGGAAACCGACAAGUGGACUCUGACCGACGAGGCCAAGGAUAUCGUUGCGAACGGAUCCCAUGAAUACAGACUUCUGCAGAAGGUGACCGAGUCGCUGGAAGGGCUGAAGAUCUCGGAGGUUGACGGGGUGAUGGGUUCCAACGGAAAGGUCGCCCAGGGCAGAGCUUUCAAGAAUGGGUGGAUAGGAAAAGACGGCGACAAGUUGGUCACCAAGCUUUCCAAGGACUCCCAGGUCGAAGACACCACCGCGGAACAGCUCAAGGAGAUUGAGAAAACUGGAAGUCUCGCCAACAAGAAAGAUAUUGCCGAGUUGAAGAAGAGAAAGCUGAUUCUACAGUCUAAGGUGUUCACUUUCAACGUGACCAAGGGUAAGGAGUUCGCUUUGGAGAUCAAGCAGCUCGAAACAGACAUCACCAGCGACAUGGUUGUGACUGGAUCGUGGAACAAAGCAGAGUUCAAGCCUUAUAAUUUUGAUUCGCAGGGUGUUAUGCCAUCUUCUGGUGCUCUUCAUCCGCUGAAUAAGGUGAGAGAAGAGUUCCGUCAGAUCUUCUUCAGUUUGGGAUUCUCCGAGAUGCCUUCAAACCAGUACGUGGAGAGCGGUUUCUGGAACUUUGACACCUUGUUUGUUCCUCAACAGCAUCCAGCCAGAGAUUUGCAAGACACCUUCUACUUGAAAGACCCAGCUACAGCAAAGGAACCGGAAGACAAAGAAUACUGGGAAAACAUCAAGAAGGUCCACCAAGAAGGUGCCUACGGCUCCAUCGGUUACAGAUAUCCUUGGAAGGGUUCUGAGUCGCUGCGUACGGUGUUGAGAACACACACCACCGCCAUUUCGUCGCACAUGCUCAAGAAACUGGCUGCCGAUCCAAAACCAACCAGAUUGUUCUCGAUCGACAGGGUUUUCCGUAACGAGGCCGUCGAUGCCACGCACUUGGCCGAGUUCCACCAGGUCGAGGGUGUCUUUGCCGACUACAACCUGACCUUGGGCGACCUGAUUGGCUUCAUGCAACAGUUCUUCGACAAGAUGGGUGUGCACGACCUAAGAUUCAAGCCUACGUACAACCCGUACACCGAGCCUUCGCUGGAGAUCUACGCUUGGCACAACGGGCUCGGCAAGUGGGUCGAGAUCGGAAACUCGGGUAUGUUCAGACCAGAGAUGUUGGAGGCCAUGGGUCUGCCAAAGGAUAUGAGAGUCCUGGGAUGGGGACUUUCUUUGGAAAGACCAACCAUGAUCAAAUACGCCGUGAGCAAUAUCAGAGAGCUGUUGGGCCACAAGGUGGAUCUGGACUUCAUCGAAAACAACCCUGCUGCCAGACUAGACGAGGAUAUUUUUUAG